GAACCCCCCCUCCCCUUGAACUCGUUUUGCAAUUCACGAUUCUGUCUGCAACGUCCAAGACGUGCUUGAAUGAAUUGCAUGCCCACAACAUAAUGGAAAACCAGCAAAGGCCGGGUAUGCGGCGCAAGUCGUCUGCUUCCAACCUACUCUCAACAUUCCAAGGCAGUCGGAGCAAUUCAAUACAAAAUAUCUCAACCGGUGCCGCCCAAACUCCAAAGGAUUGGGAGCCUGGGGCCGCAACGGCUGAUCAUGCUUUUGUUACGGGCGUCUCAACACCUACGACUUCGUCAUACGAAAGCAUUCGAGAAACACUCAAUCGACGACUCCUGGCAUUAGCUCAUUUGCGACAAGGACACGAAGGGAGAUCCUAUUGGUUGAACACCAUAUUACUUUCUCACUAUGAGUUGGAGAGGGCGUACAACACUGCGAGCAUGCGAAAGAGGACGUACAAAUAUGCCAUUCUUGCAAUGUCACUAUCGAAUCUUUUCGACUCCACCCCCCACUCAGACUUCCUACGAUCCCUUGGGCAACUCAUGAAUGAAUAUGAUCAGCUUCAAGACGAAAACUUUAAGCCCAGAAUGCGCAACAUUCUCCGUGGAUCGAAGGGCGUGAGGGGUAGGAGCGGCGAGACUUUUGAUGACCAGUCAUGUUUAGUGAUACCGAACAUGCCUUUUCCUCUUGACUAUUUUCAAGUCCUUAUGUCAUUUUGUGAUGUCCUCACGGAGGUUUAUCACAAAAUCCGUCAAGUCUUGGGACCCUCUCCACUUCAGCACGCCGGAAUGGCAAACAGCGUGCCUGGAUCCGGAUACUCUAUUUCUAUCCACCAACACAUAUUCUCGUCUACCAAUCCCCUCUUCACACAAUUAUUCCCUAAUGAGCUUGCCUCUAGCUCCUUUGCGCCAGACACCACAGCUUCCGUUCCCCCUUCUGCCCCGCUAUCAUCACCCCCUGCAACGUGGUCUCCAGGGACUGCCGACGCCGUACUUAAAGUGGAUGCGAGGUUCAAGAAAAUCAUUAAUCAAUUGCUUAAGGAAUUAGAUACAAUCGCUCGCGAGGCAAUAAAGGACGAGCUGGCAUCUCUCGAUCCGCUUCUUAGAAACAUGGGGUUGGCAUCCCCAGAAGCUAGCAACGGACUUACUUUUGAUUUUGACAUAUGAUACCAUUCAUAACAUACUCUUAUCACUUUUCGCGUAUCAAUACCGGGAUUUGUGUCUUCGAUGUACACCAUCUAGUGUUAAUUGUGCGAGUUGUCCACCUGGAGAUGGACUCAGUUGUAUGCUAUUUAAUAUUCCGAGCCCGUAG